GUGGCGAAUUCAGUUCCUUUCCGGCGAUCGAAAGGGAAACACCUAUAAAAGCCAUAUUCAAAAAAUUCAAAUUCAAAAAAAAAAUACCUCGCCAUGUCCAAGGGAUCGGUGUUGCCACAAUAUAUUGCUGGCUUGUCGGCCAGCUUUGGUGCCCUCUGCAUGGGCGCCUCCAUCGGUUGGUCCUCGCCCGUGGAGAAUAUGAUAUCGGUGAACACGGACUACGGCUUUCCCAUUAGCUCCAGUCAGUUCGGCUGGGUAUCCUCGCUGCUGACCCUGGGCGCCACCGUGAUCUGCAUUCCCAUUGGUUUCGCCAUCGAUUGGAUCGGCAGGAGACCCACUAUGUUGGCCCUAAUUCCACCGUACAUGGUGGGCUGGGUGCUGAUGGUGUUCGCCAACAACGUGACAAUGCUCUACUUCGGACGAUUCAUUCUUGGCAUGUGCGGCGGAGCCUUUUGCGUGACUGCUCCCAUGUACUGUACAGAGAUUUCGGCAACAGCACUACGAGGCACCAUCGGAUCCUUUUUCCAGCUGCUGAUUGUGUCGGGCGUGCUGUACGGUUAUUUGGUGGGCGCCUUCCUGCCCCUGCUUACCAUCAAUAUCCUGUGCGCCAUUCUGCCCGUGAUCUUUGCCAUCAUACACUUCUUCAUGCCGGAGUCACCCGUCUACCUGGCCAUGAAGGGACGCAACGACGAUGCCGCCAAGGCCUUGCAGUGGCUGCGCGGCAAGGAUGCCGAUAUCGACGACGAGCUCAAGGAGAUCCUGGAGGAGUCCCAGAAGAAGAUUGAUAUGCCACAGGUCAACAUUCUGUCCGCCCUUCGUCGCCCCAUCGUCCUGAAGGGUCUUGGAAUCGCUGUGCUCCUGCAGGUCUUCCAGCAGUGGACGGGAAUCAACGCCAUCCUCUUCUACUCCACCUCCAUUUUUGAGGAUACGGGCUCUGACAUAAGUGCCAGCGAUGCCACGCUUAUCAUUGGAGUCACCCAAGUGACCAGCACGCUGGUGUCCGUGGCCAUUAUCGACAAGGCUGGCCGUCGCAUCCUGCUCAUCAUUUCUGGCAUUCUGAUGGCCGUGUCCACUGCACUGAUGGGCGUGUACUUUCAGCUAAAGGAGAACGAUCCGGCGUCAAUGGACAACUACGGUUGGCUGCCGAUCAGCAGUAUCUGCAUUUUCAUUAUAUUCUUCUCGAUUGGAUUUGGACCGGUCCCGUGGCUGGUGAUGGCGGAGCUCUUCUCGGAGGAUGUGAAGAGUGUGGCAGGAUCGAUUGCCGGCACCAGCAACUGGCUGUCGGCCUUCAUGGUCACGCUGCUCUUCCCAAUCCUCAAGAGCGCGAUCGGGCCGGGUCCAACCUUCUGGAUCUUCACCGUGAUCGCGGUCAUCGCCUUCUUAUACUCUCUGUUCUUCGUGCCGGAGACCAAGGGCAAGACGAUAAUCGAAAUCCAGGACAUGCUGUCCGGAGGAAAGGGUGUCAAGAGUGAUGACAAGAGCCAGACGUGAUGAUGUCGCGUAGUCUUAGUCAUAGCGAUACUUUUUCAUAUUCUCCUUAAGCGAAUAAGAAAAUGUUAUGUAUAAGAAGUGAAGAGCAUAAUCAAUAAAGUAGAGCCACCAUGUAUAUAAACUAUCCGAA